GCCGCGCAAUCUCUCACACAGACUCUGGGUGUCUCUGCCUCUCACACAGACUCUGGGUGUCUCUGCCUCUCGCACAGACUCUGGGUGUCUCUCCCUCUCACACAGACUCACGGUGUCUCUCCCUCUCACACAGACUCUGGGUGUCUCUGCCUCUCACACAGACUCUGGGUGUCUCUGCCUCUCGCACAGACUCUGGGUGUCUCUCCCUCUCACACAGACUCUGGGUGUCUCUCCCUCUCACACAGACUCUGGGUGUCUCUGCCUCUCACACAGACUCUGGGUGUCUCUCCCUCUCGCACAGACUCUGGGUGUAUCUGCCUCUCACACAGACUCUGGGUGUCUCUCCCUCUCACACAGACUCUGGGUGUCUCUGCCUCUCACACAGACUCUGGGUGUCUCUCCCUCUCGCACAGACUCUGGGUGUCUCUGCCUCUCACACAGACUCUGGGUGUCUCUGCCUCUCGCACAGACUCUGGGUGUCUCUGCCUCUCGCACAGACUCUGGGUGUCUCUGCCUCUCGCACAGACUCUGGGUGUCUCUGCCUCUCACACAGACUCUGGGUGUCUCUCCCUCUUACACCAGACUCACCCCACACACGCGCUCCUCCUGCCCUCGCUCGCGUCCUCACCGAGCUAAACACAGGCGCAGCAGCAGCAUCAGCAGCAGCAUCAGCACCAGCCCCGUGCGGACAGCACCAUGCUUGAGGUGUCCGUCUCCAAGUCCAGCCUCGACGUGUCACCAAUUGUGCUGGCACUCGUUGGCGUCACGCUCUUGGUCGUGACACUCUCAGCCUCGGCAUACGCGUGGAUCUGUUGCCUGGGUAAAACCAGGAGAGCAAGCAAAUCGUCGCCCAUUAAACUCGCUCACAUUUUAAAGGGCAUAAAUGUCUACUCUGAAGAAGUUGGCGAAGUGAAGUGCUAUGAGAACAAACACGAGGUGGAACCCUUCAAGGACAACCAAAAUAGGAGCCUAAAGCCACCCGUCAUGGUUCAAAAUGUAACACUAGCCCAGUCCGGCAAUCUCACACUGGCCAGCCCCGAUGGCAACCAAAACACAAUCCGCAGCACACCCGGGCUCGAACUGGGCUCGCCGCAAAACCCAUCCUGCCGCUCGUUGAGCGAGCAGAGCUCUCCCGCAAGUCGCACCGACUGCGACGGUAGAGGCGCCGAAGACUUGUCGUCGAGCAAGAGCCCUUCCCCGUUCUCUCUUGACAGUGAAGACGUACACCUGGGCACACUCCUCUUUGCCGUCGAGUAUAAUUUCCAAAAGCAAGCGUUUGUGGUCACAAUUCGGGAGGCGCGCAGUCUCCCCGUAAUGGACGAUCAGACGGGCAGCUCUGACCCAUACGUGAAAAUGACCAUCUUGCCUGAUAAGAAGCACAAGAUCAAAACACGAGUGCUCAGGAGAACGCUGGAUCCCAUGUUCGACGAAACGUUUACCUUCUAUGGCAUUGCCUACAAUCAGCUCCAGAGUCUCGUCCUGCACUUUCUCGUUCUGAGCUUUGAUAGAUUCUCCCGCGAUGACGUUAUUGGUGAGGUGAUGGUGCCCUUGGCUGGAAUUGAUUUGAGUCCCGACAAGGUCUUUUUGAGCCGAGACAUCACAAAGAGAAAUGUACAGAAAUCGGUGGGACGCGGAGAGAUCCUGGUCUCGCUGUGUUAUCACCCAGCGGCGAGCAGACUGACUGUGGUUGUGCUGAAGGCAAGGCACCUUCCAAAAACAGACAUCGUCGGUCUCUCAGACCCAUACGUGAAGGUGAACAUAUACAGUGGGAAACGACGGUUUGCCAAGAAGAAGACACACGUCAAGAAGUGCACGCUAAACCCAGUCUUCAACGAGUCGUUUGUGUUUGAGCUGCCCGAGGAAGGCCUUUCUGACCUGGCCGUCGAGCUCACAGUGGUGGACUUUGACCGCACCACCAAGGACGAGGUGAUUGGGAGGCUGGCCCUGGGGCCGGGCACUGAGCACUGGCGCGAGGUUUGUGAGAAUCCACGCCGCCAGAUCGCCAAGUGGCACCCGCUGAGCGAGUGCUGACUGCCGACAACCGGGCCCUCCGGAAGGCCACAACAAUCUGUAGCAGCGGUUUUGUUUGUUCAAUUUUAUUUGCAUAUCUAUGUAUAUAUUAUUGAGAGUUGCUUCAAAAUUUAAUGGGCUGGAAAUGGAAACUUUUGAGCCACUUUAUAGAUAGAAACAAGGUCGUGGAGACCAGGUUUUAGGCCACUGGGUACACUAGAUGUGUUUUUGUAUUUUACUGAACAUCACUGUGGAUCAACAAUGAGUAAAGUUUAGCUUCCAAUAGUUUUAGCAGUCCAUUAAAAAUGUUAUGCCUUUAUACAUUUCAGCUUAAGAAGCAACAUAAACAUCCUCUAAUUUUUCUGGCCUGGAAAAUUGACGUUGCAUUAUUUACAAAUGUAAUAUUUGACAUUUCACGCGUAGAUAUAUUCCACACAUCUUGAAACAUAUGCCAUUUUGCAAAACCAUUAAAAAGGACAAAUAUUUGACUAAAUAGUGGAGCAUCAUUGUCUCUGGCACAAAAAUAAUUUGAUGACAUCACGAAAAAAACUCUUUUUGAUCCACAGAAGUAGACUACAAGUGGAUCUGGAAUUGGGUUUGGUUUCAUACCCCCUGAUUAUGAAAUACAUCGCCUUGUUUUACACGGCUUAAGAGUUAUAACCAUGUAUUAUUAUUAUUAUUCCUCGUAUACCUCGUUUGCCAUUUUCAUAAAAUUGGGGGCCUAAGUUAUGAAUCAUUUCACUUGGUCACCUGAUAAGUAAAGUUCCGCUCGCAUCUGUUUUGGAAACAUCUCCUAACCAUAUAAAAUCACAUGUUCAUGCCCCUGAUGUAUUUAUUGUUGUAGGUGUUAUUUGAAUGUGUCACUUAAUAAGUGUUUAUAUUCGCAGCCACUGUAAAAUGUAAAUGUGGCAAAAAAAUGUAAAUAACCUGUGGCUAAACUUUCAAUUGGCACAAGGCAAUUCGAUCAGAGCAUUUUGAAUCGUUAUAAGAUUUACAUGAACCUGGGGAAAAGUAAACUUGAUAGAAUACACGAAUGCAAUUUUAAACAGUGCACAGUAUAAUUAUAGUCAUUUAAUUGGGUCGCCACAGUGACGAGAUGUUAGCUACCUCGCCUGGUAUACAGGAGGUUGUGGGUUCGAUCCCGACCCUGACGCCUGUAUAUUUGGAGUUGGCAUGUUCUCCCCAUGGUCGUGUAGAUUUUUGUCCGGGUCCUCCCGUGUUUCCCUCCACAUUUAUAAACAUGUGUUUAGAGUAUUUGGCGACUAUAAAUUUCCACAUGAUAAGACAAUUCGUUGAGCUAUCAUUUGUGGCCAGGUGACUUUUGAAAAAGAGCUAUAGAGCUCAGUCGGCCUUACUUAUUAAAAUUAAAAUAGUUUAGUUUAUAAUAUAUAUUUUGUUUCGUUUUUACUUACGUUUAAUUUUUUUAGUUUCGUUUGAAUUCUCUGGGGAAAUUAAUCUCUUCAGACUAUAAGCAUGGCUUGAUGCACUUUAUUUCAGGAGUAAAACAUUACUCGCACACGAGCAGUACCCUCACCUCCCAAAGACUUCCACUUACCCACACCUUCAUUGUGAUAAGCGGAAAUCAAACAUGAUGUCAACUUAUUGAUUGUUGCACAUUUCGUUUUAGCCAUACCUUUGCCUUUUAGAAGUAUCGUUUUGCACAAAUUCUAGACAUUAGCGGGAAGUCGAAACUAAAGUUAAUAUAAUUAUCCACAAUAGAGAACGUGGAAUUUUCCACAAUCUAGAAUAUUUUUUUAACAGCAUUCAGAAUAUAUGAAUACACUGCAUACAAAUACAUCAGACGAAUCCUCCAACAGCUGGAUAUAAAAUGAAAUGGAAUUUUGGCCUACACAAUGAAUAGCAACUACCAUCUGGCUAAAACCAAAAUCCUAUUAUAUACAUUGAAACAAACAUGACUCAUUAUGCACAUACAUACAUUAGUCCUAGAUUACACAUAUUCAUAUGAAACGUGAGCGUGCAUGUAUGUAGGCAUCAUGAAAACGACAGCUCAUAAUUGAUCGCACAAAUGUAAUAUCGCAACAUAUAUACCAGUAUAUAUAUAAUGUAGCACUUCGGGUCAUAUUACAGUGUUCAAUAUGCCAGGUCGCCAUUAUAUGUGGACCAUGCAGACCCUGUCAGAGUGACAGCUUCUGUCCCACAUCUGAAUCAAGGCGUGUCGUGUCAACUGAAACAUUAAUUUACUUACGCAUACAUUUAUUUUGUUUCGUUUUGGUGUCCUGCCUGCUUGUGCCACCCGUGUGCCUGUUCAGAAAAUGCUGUGAAUGUUUACAUUGUCUCGUGCACUUCGGGGACAAAUGUGCACCUUUGCUGUAUACAGUGCGUACUGCAUUAAAUCUGUUCUGCAAACGAAUUCAUGAACGGCAUUCCUGUUGUGUACACCUUGUUAUUUCGUGUUUUAAAGAGAGGGAGGAGGAUUCAAAAUCACAAUGACUUAAGCAUGAAGUCACUUGUUAUAUUCAGUGAUUUUUAUUUUAUGCAAAGUUAUUGUCUUACUCCUAAUACCAUACACAGUAUUUUGGCCAUCUGUGCAGGAUAGUGAUAUAUUCUGUUUACACUGAUCAUGUUUUGAAUGCUAUAUGAUUAACAGACCCUACCGUGCAUUAAACUAUUCAAAAUGUAAAUAUAAACGUGCUUUUUUACUUACGUUUA